AUGCCACGUCGGCGCAAUCCGGAUGCCCCCGUCGCGCCCAAAGCGCCGCGCGUUCGCAAGAAGAAAGUUGAAGCAGACGUGGUUAAGCAGGACUCGACCGUAUACGAACCACUGAUGCAAUCAAACGGCAUCAUGGUGGAUGAUGCCGGCAUGUACACACAAGACUUCAGCUUCGCCUUUGGUGCACAGCCGACGUUCACGAGCCCAGAACAGGCGAACAGCCCCUACAUGCUGCCUCCUCAGAGUAACACACCACAACCACCUAUGAUGUAG